AUGGGCAAGAAGAAGAGCGGCAAUGCCGGCGGGGGUGGUGCGGAGGAGGCGAGGGAGUUCGUGCUGAAGGUGGCGAUGCACUGCCGCUGCAACGGGUGCAAGGGCAAGGUGCGCGCCGCCGUCAGGGACAUCACGAUGGACCCGGGCGUGGAGGCGGCGGACAGCUCGGCUGCGGAGAGCAGCGGCGAGGUGCGCCUGCUCGCCACGGCCGACCCCGAGCGGCUCCGGCGCCGCCUCCACAAGGCCACGGGCAAGAAGGUCGACCUCCUUCUGCCCAAGGAGCCGGCUCCUUCCAAGAAGCAGGAGAACGCCGACGCCGCCACGCUGCAGGCGCUGCUCGCCCAGCUGCAGCUGCAGGCGCCGGCGCCGGCCCGUCAGCAGUACGGCGGCCAGGGCGCCGCCCCGCAGAGCCAGUGGACCUGUCAUGUUGAUGUGCGAUGCCUCUUCUCCGACGUGUGUGUCUUGUCCCGUCAACACACGGGCGCCCGGAGGCAGUAG